AGAAACCCCUCGUGUUUCCUCCCUACCGCCCCCACUGGACUGGAGACGUAACUGUCGCCUUACGACGUACUGUUGCUAGGCGACAGAGCGCCACAGUGUCGGAUCUAUCUCUACAUGGUGACAGGUUGUCUUGUCACUAACUCACGAAGAGUUGUUUGUGAUGUAUCUCACGAGCAAACGAGAUGGCUGCAGCAUCCUAUAAACUUGAUGAUGGCCAGAGCACUCCUACCAAAUGUUUCCCAGCUCGGACAUUACACCAACGAAGAAAAGAAGGUGCAGGUAAUUGGCUUGUGGCCUACAGAAAGGCAGAGGAGCAGCAAUACAGGAAUGUGCAAAGAAGAAUAAAAGAGACUUAUAAAGAAUGUGAGAACAAUAGGGGGAGCGAUUCUCCUCAUGGGAACACAUUAGAUAGCCUCUUCCUGCUCCAGUUGCAUCAUGUUGAUAAACCAUCUGAGCUCUGCUCUGUUGACAUCAGUGAGCAGAAACUGAAUUCUGUCAAGCCAGAAGACCUCAAGGUGUUUGACAAUGUGGCUUACAUAGAUGCAUCUAUUAACUCCCUCUCUUUAGGGUCUUUCAGCAGUUUUGUGUCUUUAAGAGAACUCAAUCUGUCGUUAAAUGGGCUUUGCAACAUGACGUGUCAUGCUGCUGACUUCCCUCAUCUCCAGGUUUUGGAUUUGUCCUACAACAGUUUGUCAGCUGAUGAUAUUGUUUCCAUCGGUCAUCUUCCACAUCUAAAAGUUCUUCAUCUGACUGGAAAUCAGCUACAUCAUCUUCCUCCUAAUCUGGGUUCCUUAAACCAUGACCCGACUCAACAGCCAGCUAAAGAAGACGAGCCGGAGUUUGAAGCUCUUGAAGUUCUGAUGCUUGACGAUAACAAGCUGUCCUCUGGAGUCUUCAACAGUCUUGCUCACCUUCAGAGGCUAAAGUAUUUAAACCUACAGGGGAACCUCAUUUCUGAAAUACCAUAUUUGCAACGGAAUGGAUCUAACCAGUCAGUUGCAACUGAUUUGCAACUGACUGGUUCAAAACUGUGGGGGACUUCUGUUGAGGAGCAAGCUGAAGAAGAAGGACUUGCCCACACUGAGACAAGUCCUAGCGUCAUUGAAGAUUUUAAGAAGAUUUCACAGAAAUACUUGGAGGAGCACCGCAAAAGAUCCAGUUUCCCACUACCUCAGCUCCAGUUCCUCAAUUUAGCUGACAACAAGAUUGCAGAGGAGGAAGCGCUGAUGGCUGCUGCUCUUUUCCCAAUCCUUCGAGAGAUCGACAUUCACUCCAACCCUCUGACCACUCAGAGAAGUGGAGACCCUCCCUUACUGACCUAUUACCUCCACGAGGGACUGGGGAUUACGAUAAAGCGCAAGAAGACACAAGUGGUGGUGAAGCUUCCACUGAAGGUGUCCACCGAUCCUAAAUGGAAGGUGGAGGAAAGAAUCCCAAAGGUGAAGCUGUUGUUGAUGGAUGCAACUUGUUCUGCCCAAAAAACUGAAUCUGAGGGCGAGCACAGCGGAGAUGACACCUUCCAAGAAAACACAGAGCACUUCUUUGUUACUCAGGCAACAGAUGUUCCUGAAUAUGAGUUUGGUCUUCCAGCUGACGAGAGAGAGAACAAGGAAAGAUUGAUGGAUGCAAAAGCAAAAUCAAGUCCUGAUGUGGUGGAGCCCAUCGGAAUCCAAACCGCUGUUCGAAUGCUGGAACACACACUGAAGAAUCUUAAUGUGUACAGAGACUCAAAACCAAAACUUGAUAGCGUCCAGAUGCCAUACAGAGAAAGAGAGAGAAGGAUUAAGGAACCUCCACCUGUGAAGCCAAUAAUGCAGCCAACGGAAAGGGUUAAUGAAAUGAUCAAGGAAAUCAAGGAGAGUACAACGAUCAGAGAAGUCCCCCUAAGCCGUGCCAUUCAAGGCACAGGUGUCAACAAGCAAGAGCAUAAGGAAGCGCUGUCGCUGUUGAGAGACUUAAAGACCAAGCACAAGAUGGUCCAUAAGAAAACAAUGGAACAAGCAGCCAGCAUCGAGUCCGAUAUGAACACCGACCACAUCGGAGCCGAACCUCCACCUGUGCAGAUGCUCCCCAGUGCUUAGCUCCACUGGGAUUCUCUUUUUGGCACGACUCCCACAUGUUGGCAUAUAAUUGGUGUGAGUGGAAUUGGUGAGAAAAUCAACCAUGUGUAAAAAGUUGUGCAUCUUAUUGAACAACUAAGAUAAACCAACUUUAUUUUAUAUAUA